AUGGCGGCGCCCUUGGAAAACAUUCAGGAAAUAUGUCUAAUAGACGCAGAAACUAACGAAGAAUUUAAAAUAAUAGUAAACAGCAAGGAUGCAAACAGAGCGCGAACUAAUUUAAAAUAUGCUACGCAGUUAUUGCAGCAUGCGAAACUUUCGACCCAAAUAGGUUAUACUUCGUCACAAGGUACUAGUACUAGUAGCAAUGUACAAGAAACAGAUAGCAAUACUAGUAGCAAUCUAGAAGAAUUAGGUAGCAGUCAAGAAGAACAAGAAGCUGCCACAAGUUUUGAAUGUGCAGAAAGUACACAUGCUUGGACAAAACAAGAAACGUUAUUGUUGUUACAAUUGUAUCGUGAACACCAUAAAAAAUUUGUUAGUGGAAAAGGUUCAAUAAAAAAAAUUGGAAUAAUAAAUUGGAAUAAUAUUGCAAAAUUUAUGCAAGACCCUUAUAGAAAUAUCAUACUAAGAAUCAUUGAUAAUUACUUAUUAUCCAGUAUUUUUAAUACUGAAAAUAAGUAAUUAUCAAUGAUUCUUAGUAUGAUAUUUCUAUAAGGGGAAAAAGGACAUAAUAUAAACGGUUAUAAAUGUUAAACAAAGUUUUAAUCCUUGAAACGUACA